UUGACUUACUUUAAAUUUUGCAGGUCCAUGUGAAUAUGAUAGGACAACCAAGGUGAGGGGAACAAACAUUUGUAAGAAAGUUUUGCGAUUAAGACCUGGAGAAAAGUUAAAAGUCACUUUCUAUCAAAAUCGAGCUGUUGGGCCGAAUCACACCUCAUUUACGAGACACUUGGGUUUGCUAGUUCGUGAUCGUAAUAUGUGCCCAUUGCGGGUACACUCAUGGAUGGAUAUUGAAGAGCAUAAAAUUGAGCAUAUGUGGGCAGCUGUUACAGAAAAGUUUGACUGUGAUAACAUGAAUGAUCAAAGGGAUAAUGUUUUGCAACAUAUGAGAAAGCUUUGGAACAAUUGGAGAGGAUCGUUGCACAAGAAUAUGAAAUCCAAGUCAUUGCACGAGGUUCUAAAAGAUGUGCCGAUAGGAGUAGACAAGAGUGAUUGGGAAUGGUUGGUCAAGGAACAUUUUUUAUCUGAUAAGUUUAAGAAAUCAAGUACAAGAAACACAAUCAACAGGUCUAAGUUGUGUAUGCCUCAUCGUACGGGUAGCAAGCCUAUAAGAGAGAUUAUUUACGAACUGGGAGGCAAAGAUGGUAAUCCACCAAACAUGGCAACUAUCUUCUUUGAGACUCGUAAAAAGGGAAAUGAGCUUGUCGAACCCGAAACCAAUGAAAAAUAUGCUGAAAUUCAAGAGCUUGUACAAUCUGAACCGUCUCUUACUAAUAUUGAGGUAGUGGAAAGGUGCUUUGGACCUCAAUGCAAAAGUCAUGCGGUUGGAUUUGGUGGUGGGAUAACCACUAAGGAGUUGAAAGGUGGUAGUACUUCUAAGGCUGUGUUGUUGGAAGAACUGAAAACAACUCGAAAAGAAAAGGAAUCACUACAAAAGCGUAUUGAUAUUCUAGAGAGUAAAUAUGAUCGCCUUGAAAGUAUAGUGGUUCGUCAGCAUCCAUCACCUCCAUCACCUCCACCAGAUGAAGAAUGUGAUGAAGAAUGUGAUGAAGAUUAAAGAACGUGUUCUUGAAGAAUUGUGGUGCCAGGUGAAAAGAAAGAUUAUAUUUUUAUUGUUGGUGCAGAUCUAGAGACACUUUAACCUGUGCAGCUAUUUCAUUUUCUCAAUUUUUAGGAUUCAAUAGAUGUCGAACAUGUAUGUUUUAUAAUCUUAUGUCGAACAUCUAUGUUAUUUAGAUCUUAUGUUGAACAUCUAUGUUUUUUAGAUACUGUUGAACACACAUUUAUAUGCAAUUUUUCCAGUAUAUUUUCGUUCA